CAUACUCCUCACCUCCUGCCGUUGCCAGGAGGACCCCAAGAGUCACUGCUCUUAUAGCACCUCCCAACUCCUGCCCAGGGCCCUCCCAGGACUGCGUGAACUUUAGUCACUUAGUGACAGGCCGAGUCACUGCGCCUCUCUGCUGCCAUGACGUCAGACUCUGGGGCUGUCCUCCCUGCCAGGCUGGAUCUUUUAGAGGACAGCCUGUUCUCCACCCCACUCCGAUACCUUCAACUGCCCCAUGAGGUGGCUGGGUGUCCCCUGGCCUGCCGCUUGCCUGCUCUGGGACUCUGUGAGCAGGAGAGUUCCUCUGCUCUCUCCUGCCCCUUUCCUGCCUCUGCUCCUCCUUGGAGGUGCCCUCCCUCGGAUCCCAAUCCCAGUUCAGAGGCCCCCUGAGGAGCUUUGCAGGGGCUGCAGGCGUGGCUCUGGGCCACUCCUGGGAGUUGGGGGGCGUGGAGGGCCAGCCGGAGCUGUGGCCCAGACUUUCCCAGGCAGACAGAUCUGGCCGUCUCCCAGCCCAGAACUUCUUCUGAGGACAGGAGCUUUCUUGGGCCCCUGCCAACCCCAGGCCUCAGGAGAGCAAGGAGGCUGUGUGGUCGGGGUGUCUCUCUGGAGCAGACUCUGUGGCCACGGGUGCCUGCAGUGUGUGAGGGAGACCCCAGUUACCUCAACAGCUGCUUCAGCCAACCGCCCCCCCACCGUCCCAGCUUUGGUGGCUACCCCUGCAGGCAAGGCGUGGGGCUCCCGUCUGCUGAGAAAGGGCCCGCAGAGCCAUGAAGAGGCGGUGUGUGUUCCUGGCCCUGCUGGCCGUGGUCCUCAUGCUCUUGCUCAUCAUUUGCCUGUGCCUUCUGCUGCCCUCAGCCUCUAAGCCACACAACCAUGUCUACUCCAGGGCAGCCGUGGCUGCAGAUGCCAAGCACUGCUCGGAGAUCGGGAGGGACGUGCUGAGGGAAGGCGGCUCGGCGGUGGAUGCUGCCAUCGCAGCCCUGCUCUGUGUGGGGCUCAUGAACGUCCACAGCAUGGGCAUCGGGGGCGGCCUGUUCCUCACCAUCUACAACAGCACCACACGAAAAGUUGAGAUCAUCAAUGCCCGCGAGGUGGCCCCGGGGCUGGCCUCUGAGAACAUGUUCAACACCUCAGAGCAGUCACAGGAAGGGGGCCUGUCGGUGGCGGUUCCUGGUGAGAUCCGCGGCUAUGAGCUGGCCCACCAGCGGCAUGGGCGGCUGCCCUGGGCUCGCCUCUUCCAGCCCAGCAUCCAGCUGGCCCGCCAGGGCUUCACCGUGGGGAAGGGCUUGGCAGCAGCCCUGGAGAAAAGCCAGGCUGUCAUCGAGCGGCAGCCUGCGCUGUGCGAGGUGUUCUGCCGGGAUGGGAAGGUGCUGCGGGAGGGGGACAGAGUGAUCAUGCCGCAGUUGGCCGACACGUACGAGACGCUGGCCUUGGAGGGAGCCCAGGCCUUCUACAACGGGAGCCUCACAGCCCAGAUUAUCAAGGACAUCCAGGCUGCUGGGGGUAUUAUGACUGCCAAGGACCUGAACAACUACCGUGCCGAGCUGAUAGAGAACCCACUGAACGUCAGCCUUGGGGAUGCCCAUCUCUACGUGCCCAGCGCCCCACUCAGUGGGCCGGUGCUUGCUCUUAUCCUCAACAUCCUCAAGGGGUACAACUUCUCCCGGGUGAGUGUGGAGACACCCGAGCAGAAGGGUCUGACCUACCACCGCAUUGUGGAGGCCUUCCGGUUCGCCUAUGCCAAGAGGACCCUGCUUGGCGACCCCAAGUUUGUCAAUGUGAUGGCGCUCCGGGCGCGGAUCUCUGACACCACCACUCACCCGACCUCCUACUAUGAGCCUGAGUUCUACACGCCUGAUGACGGUGGCACUGCUCACCUCUCCGUGGUCGCAGAGGACGGCAGCGCUGUGUCGGCCACCAGCACCAUCAACCUCUACUUUGGUUCCAAGGUACGAUCACGGGUCAGCGGGAUCCUAUUCAAUGAUGAGAUGGAUGACUUCAGCUCCCCCAACAUCACCAACCAGUUUGGGGUGCCCCCCUCACCAGCCAACUUCAUCAAACCAGGGAAGCAGCCGCUCUCGUCCAUGUGUCCGGCAAUCAUCGUGGGCCAGGAUGGCCAGGUCCGCAUGGUGGUGGGUGCCUCUGGGGGCACACAUAUCACCACGGCCACCGCGCUGGCCAUCAUCCAUAACCUGUGGUUUGGCUACGAUGUGAAACGGGCAGUAGAGGAGCCCCGGCUGCACAACCAGCUUCUGCCCAACACCACGACGCUGGAGAGAGGUUUUGACCAGGCGGUGACCGCAGCUCUGAAGACCCGGCACCACGACACCGAGGUCACGUCCACCUUCCUCGCUGUGGUGCAAGCCAUUGUCCACACGGCCGGUGGCUGGGCAGCUGCCUCAGACUCCAGGAAAGGCGGGGAGCCUGCUGGCUACUGAGCGCUCAGGGCGGGCAAGGCUUACUGGCAACCUAGGGAUGAGAUGCCUGCGGGGCCAGAGUGGGACCUUGAGGGAUUUGCUUCCCCUGUGAGUGACAAAGCAGUGCAAUAAAUGGGGGUCGCAGCGUGAGGCUCUGGGCAGCCUUGCCGGCCUGGCUCCCUUAUCCCUGG